AGUGUGGUAGCCAGAGGGCGGUGGCAUUUCUCUCUCUCUGCGUAAACGGAGAGACUGGAGACGGAGAGAGCGCACGGAGUGAAAAGCAAAGCUUAGUGGCAAGGCAAGCAGUGCCGCCGACACGAGUCAAAGGACCCCGUGGUUAUUUCCACCACCUCUCUCCUCUCGCAGCUCAACCUGCGCCUCUUCAGACGGACUUAAGACGUCGGGACUAGAGCCUGUGUACACCUACCCACCUUUUGGUUUUGGACUCGUUUGAUUAAUCAGCAGAUCCUGUGCUGGUGGAGGGGGGCGGGGGGGUUCUCAUUUAUCCCCCACCGUGGACCGAGGAGUUUUGCGUGUUUAUGUGUUUUACGCGUUGCUGGUAAUGGGGAAAAGUGGACAGAGAAGUGGAAUAGGACACGGGGCUUGCAGCUUGGUGAGGAUGUGCGCCACGCCGGGGAUCCUGGUUCUCCUGGUGCUCGUACACCCAGGAGUCGGCCAAGUGAGAGAUGAUGAUGACUUCUUGAGCCUGAGCGAGCUCCCGGAGACCUUCCCCUCAGACCCGCCGGAGCCCUUACCUCACUUCCUGUUUGAACCUGAGGAAGGGUACAUUGUCAAGAAUAAGCCUGUCAAUCUCUACUGCAAAGCGACGCCUGCCACACAGAUUUACUUCAAGUGCAACAGCGAGUGGGUCCAUCAGAAGGACCACACUGUGGAGGAGAGAGUGGACGAAAACUCAGGUCUGGUGGUAAGAGAAGCCAGUAUAGAAAUAACACGGCAGCAAGUGGAAGAGCUGUUUGGUCCCGAAGAUUACUGGUGUCAGUGUGUGGCCUGGAGCUCUGCUGGAACCACCAAAAGUCGCAAGGCGCAUGUCCGCAUUGCAUACCUGAAGAAGUCAUUCGAACAGGAACCCUUGGGAAAGGAAGUAUCUCUGGAGCAGGAAGUGCUGCUACAGUGUCGCCCUCCAGAGGGCAUACCAGCUGCUGAGGUGGAGUGGUUGAAGAACGAGGAGAUAAUUGACCCAGCGGAGGACAGGAACUUUUAUAUCACCAUCGACCACAACCUGAUCAUCAAACAGGCGCGUCUGUCUGACACAGCCAACUACACAUGUGUGGCUAAGAAUAUAGUGGCCAAAAGACGAAGCACCACGGCAACUGUUAUUGUUUAUGUGAAUGGUGGUUGGUCGACAUGGACGGAGUGGUCGGUGUGUAACAGCCGAUGUGGUCGAGGCUUCCAGAAACGAACCAGAAGCUGCACUAAUCCCGCCCCUCUCAAUGGAGGACUGCCCUGUGAUGGACAAGCCAUCCAAAAACUGUCCUGCACCACACUUUGUACCGUGGAUGGUGUGUGGACAGAGUGGAGUAAGUGGUCGGCCUGUGGGACAGAGUGUACCCAGUGGAGGAGGAGGGAGUGCAACAACCCAGCUCCUAAAAACGGAGGAAAGGACUGCGAGGGGCUCGUACUCCAGUCUCAGAACUGUACCGACGGACUCUGUAUGCAAACUUCAUUGUUUCAGAAGUCAUCUGAGUCCAAAGAAAAGACUGAUUUGGGAAUCCCAUCUGCUCCGAGUACAGAUGAUGUGGCGCUGUACGUGGGCAUUGUCAUCGCAGUGAUUAUGUGCCUGGUCAUCUCUGUCAUCGUGGCGCUCUUUGUCUACCGCAAGACACACCGUGACUUUGACUCAGUCAUCAUUGACACCUCAGCGCUCAAUGGAGGCUUCCAGUCUGUUAAUAUCAAAACAGCCAGAUCAGCUGAUCUACUGACGGCUCCUCCUGACUUGACGAAUGCGGCUGCCAUGUACCGUGGUCCAGUGUAUGCCCUCCAUGAUGUGUCAGAUAAAAUCCCAAUGACCAACUCCCCUCUCUUGGACCCUCUUCCCAACUUGAAGAUCAAAGUGUACAACUCCUCUGGUCUGGUCACACCGCAGGAUGACCUCGGAGGAGACUUCACAUCCAAACUGUCUCCUAAGGUAACUCAGUCUCUGUUGGAUAACAGUGACACCAUGAACCUCCGCAACCAGAGCUUAGCCCGAACAAGAGACCCCUCCUGCACAGCCCACGGGUCCUUCAACAACCAGGGAGGACACCUCAUCGUUCCAAACUCUGGUGUGAGUUUGUUGGUUCCAGCGGGUGCUGUUCCUCAGGGUAGGGUGUACGAGAUGUAUGUGACUGUGCACAGAAAGGACAGCUUGAGACCCCCGGUCGAGGACAUCCAGACAGUGCUGAGCCCUGUGGUGAGUUGUGGACCUCCAGGAGCCCUGCUGACCAGACCAGUGAUCCUCACCAUCCACCACUGCGCUGACAAUGUCCAGGAAGACUGGCUCAUACAGCUGAAGAACCAACUGGCCAUGGGAGAGUGGGAGGAUGUGGUUGUCGUGGGAGAGGAAAACUUCACCACCCCCUGCUAUGUGCAGAUGGACUCAGAGGCAUGUCACAUCUUAACAGAGACACUGGGGACUUACUGCCUGGUGGGCCAAUCAAUGGGCAAGGCAGCCGCCAAGAGGCUCAAACUGGCUGUUUUUGGACCCGUCUCCUGCACAACAUUGGACUAUCACAUCAGGGUCUAUUGUCUGGAUGACACACAGGAUGCACUCAAGGAGGUUCUUCAGAUGGAGACCCAGAUGGGAGGGAAGCUUCUGGACGAGCCAAAGACUCUGAACUUUAAAGACAGCACACACAAUCUGAGACUGUCAAUCCACGACGUGCCACACACACACUGGAAGAGCAAGCUCAUCGCAAAGUAUCAGGAGAUCCCAUUUUACCAGGUGUGGAGCGGCGGUCAGAGAACUCUUCACUGCACCUUCACCCUGGAGAGACUGAGCCCAGCCACCACAGAGAUCAGCUGCAAACUGUGUGUGCGGCAGGUGGAGGGAGAAGGACAGAUCUUUCAGCUCAGCAACACUUUGGAGGAGGAGGUCCAAUGCAUAGACACGUCCCUGAUGGACCCCGCCAGUAAUAUCACAACCUUAGUGGGGCCUAAUGCCUUCCGCAUUCCUUUAUCCAUCAGACAGAAGCUGUGUGGCAGUCUGGAUGCACCGCAGACCAGAGGCAAUGACUGGAGGAUGCUGGCCCACAAACUCAACCUUGACAGGUACCUGAAUUACUUUGCCACCAAGUCCAGUCCAACAGGUGUGAUCCUGGAUCUCUGGGAGGCCCAGCACUUUCCCGAUGGAGACCUAAAUGAACUGGCCGCUGUGUUGGAAGAGAUGGGUCGCCAUGACAGCACCCUCGCCUCCAUGACAACGGAACAUUGACAUAGCAAAGUGGUUACCAGACAAUGACAAAAAGAGACGAUUACACGUGAAUUCUCUACGGUUGAUACUGCAGGAAGGGCAAUGAACGACUUAGAUGUGAGCAAAAGAAAAGUUGUUGCCAUGGUGAUUGAGUACCAGUUAAAUACCAUGGUAAUCAAGUCGACAUGGUAACAGACAGAACGAGAGGUGCUCGAGCUGGUGCUGGAACGCUAUGCGUAUCUUUAUAUGUGUGUUUGCGCGAUGUUGCAGUGUCGUGUGUGACCGGAGGAGAGAUAACCCUACCUACCACACAAACAGUCUAUCAGGAACAAACAAAACAUACACACGCCUAAAAAAAGACCUUGUCUAGUGUAACACCAGUUGUUCUCUUGCUGUUACUUUAUACUGAACAAAGACAAGCAAGGAAAAGAAAAAGAAGCAGCCGAAGUACUGACCUUGAAAACCUCCAUAGGAAUGGAACAGUAUCAUAAAGGGAGAGAAGCUAAACUGAUUACAGAAGAGUGGGAGAAGGUAGAUUGAGGAAAGAGAGAGAGUGACUUAGAGGCUCUUUAGUAAGAUGAGAGUAAACAAAGAGAGAAGCUAAACUGAUUACAAAAGGGAGGGAAGAUGCAAACAUAAAAUGAUGGAAGAAGCUGCAGAUGAUCAUCUGAAAGGACAGGAUGGAAAACAGAUAAUGAGAGAGGGGAGAUGAAGAAGUGAUCCCACUCCUCUCCUGUUAGCCUUGGCUGUACGUGUUUGCCAGUACAGUUUGUUGUCUUUAUAUCGUUUCCUAGGGAACGCUCUAUGUAUUCUGCUGUCCAUAUGUGUGGAUCAUUUCCUGCUAACAGAAUUCGCUACACAGUGACUGUCAAUCAAUAGUCCUGACCAGAAACAAGCCCGAGACAACAGGUUUCCCUAUUUGCCUGACAUAACAUCAUAAGUGAUGUUUAAAUUAGUGCUAGAUAAAGCAGUGAGUUUGUGGCUUUCUUCCACAACAUGAAGAUAAAUCGUCUAGGUCACAGGAAAUCAGGAAUUACAAAAUCAAAGGCAACCGAACAUGCUGUCCACUUGCCUUUUAACUUCUAAUGUCAAAUUUCCUUAAAAUAGCCAGUCCAAAGAUUAUUACCUGAUGGAUGCAAGUGAAAACUUGUGUUUUGUUUGCCAAUCUCAAUGGAGAAUUGUUGUGACAGAUUUGUUAAAUUGUCUGUUUUGAGGUAUAUUUAAAAUUGCACUUAUGAUAAACAGAUAAACAAGGUAAAGAUACAGAUGGUCAGUUAUUUAUUAUAUUUAUGUUCAAUGUACUACAGUACAGUAUACAGUACAUAAAUAUGUUUGUUUUAUAGGAGUCGGCAUUGACUAUUUUUAGAAAUGUACAUAUUUUUCUUCAGGAAAACAACUUUUCCCGAAGAAAAAUAUAUAAAUUUCUGCACUGCUGCUGCUCUGUACCUCCCCAAAGAGGAGUUUUUUGGGGGAUUCCAGCUAUCAUCACCACUAAUGGUUAACUACAACCUCAGAUCCAGGAGUCUCUCUGAGAGACUGCUGGGGCUUGUUUCUGGACAGGGUCCAACUCAGAGAAAAGAGAGAAGAAGCAAAAAGGAAUGAACUAGAAGUGAAAACACAAGUGUUUUUAAAUAGCGUAAUAUACAAAGUACCAUAGUGUUACGUGAUAGUGAAUUAAAGACAGCUGAUAUCAUUCAUUACCGCUAAAUGUACGCAAAUAUACUGAUUUUUAUCAAUCAUAUUUUAAUUUACUAAAAUAUAUAUAGCCUACAUAUAUAUAUUUCUUUCAUUUUUUCGGUGUUGCAUCAUCACAGGAUGUCAGUUGUUACCUGCCAUCAGGCCACAUGUGAUUUCAUCUGUGAUCACCACCAUGACUUUGCUGGUCACUAGCACCAUCCAGUGGCCUUUAAAGUGUAACAGCAUUUACAUUUUUUUUUUUUUGAUCGUCUGAAACGUGUAAAUACAUGAUUAUCAUGUUCAUCCUAAUGACCUUGUAUUACCAUAAUAUUUUUGUUGAGUGAUCAUUAUUGUGUUAUUUACCUUAACAUUUUUUUUUUUUUUUUGCCAUUUUAAUGUUUUUAUAGAUGUGAACUGUGUGUGGGGGGGUGGGGGAUCUGUAACAUAUCAGUUAGUUGCCCUUUUUCUCAAACAAUUAUCCGUCAGCAACUAACAUUCCAACUCAUGGUGUAUUUGUUGAAAAAUUUGCAAGUUAGAGCUAAAAAUCAAGAUAACAACAAAGGGGGUUGAUGUAAAAUGAAGUGUAAUAUAUUUGUGUUUUGCAGAACAACAUUGUGAACCAAGGCUGGCUGUCAAAUGUAUGCACUGACCCCAGACAACAUGUCUGAUGAAAAGGUGUAACUCCAAUACGCAAGCUUUGAGGGAAAAAAACAGCCUUAUUUUUAGUGGCUUUUGAAACACUGUCUGAUGCCCCCAGGGACAUGAACUCUAUCCACCAUGUAAGAGACAGCAUGAACACGCGGUUCAAAGGAAAUACAUGUAAAAUAUUCAAAACCUGGAGUUUAGAUAUUUCUGCUCUGGACUAUGGAGAGACGCCAUAUGAAACUGAACAUCAGGUAUGUAGAGGAGAUACUGAGGAGGAUAUUGUAAAGAAAACCAAGCAGGCAGAGGCUGCGUUAACACUGGUGCAAAAGGUCAGAUCUUCACCUGGUUAUGACAGAUUUGAUCUCGUGGCUAUCCACACAGGAGGAAACCUUGAGACAUAGAUUUUUUUUUUUUCACAUUGAUUUUUCUUUCUUUGUGCAGUCCGUCAGAAAUGUGCGAGUUAAGAAUCACACCUCUUGUACCGGUGUUAAACCAGACGUAGUACACGCAGUCGUCAAAAUGUGUGCGUGUUGAUUUCAGACAGCCUUAUGAACCAAAUCAGAAAAGGUGCAUGGUUAAAUGACAGAGUGGAUGUCUUGUGCGUUUGCAAAUGUUACUGCUGAUGUCAGAUGUGAGGAAAUCAAAGGGAUAAAAGCCUAAAACAUCAACUCAUCAAUUCAGUUUGUUUCAGAACAAAACAUGAACCCAAAGGUGACAAAAAUGUCUCUUUCAUACAAUGUGAUCAUCAACAUCUCCAAUUAACGCAAAGGUAGAACUCACAGUCAUAUGAGAUCUCAUUUUUAACCGAUGAAACGUGUUCAAGGAAACAAUCAGUUAAGAAAUGUAAGUUACAAAUUACUGUGUAACUUCACCCAAAAUUUGAUCCUUGCCAUGUUCUGAGUCUACAGUUUACCAGCAGGAUAGACUGUUAAUGGAGAGUAGACUGAUGAAAGGAGUUUCCAUGAGGAGAGCACAUGUAGGCCUCCAGAAGGUGAUCCUUCAUGAUGUGAAAAUGAAGAAAGUAGUGUUAAGAUAUCAAAGUAUGUAAAAAUAUUUUCUAUCCACAGUAUGUACAGUUGUGUACUGUCAGCUAUAUUUGGCAAAUUUCAGAAUAUAAAAAAGAGCAGUACAGUUAGAUACUAGUUUGUAUGUUUCAAGUUUUUUUUUAUUUAAGUUUCUUUCCUUUUUUGUAAAAGCAGUGUCUACUAUGCAAACUUGGCAUUGGUUAUCAUGAUAGAAGUCUAUAACUAGAGCUGUCCUUGUAAGUGCAUUUUUAUUUUACUAUCAGGAGUGAUUUGAUUUGAUUAGUGCGGGGUAGUGUUGGUCCAUUUUAGCUAAUUCUGGCACGCUUCAUGAAUCUUGCUCAAUCUUGCUGAAUGCUCGCCUCUCUAUCUCCUCUAAUUGUUUUCUGUACAAAGUGUAAGAAAGAAUUUUUAAGACAAUUAAUAAAUUAUAUUUAUAAGCAA